AUGUUUUCUGAAAGUUGUCAUACUAAAAUCAACAAAUAUAGAACAAAUCUUAAUUUAAAAAUUGCUAUUGAAAGAUUGAAUAAUAAUAAAACUUUUCAUGCUUUUGAAAUUCAUAAUAAAAGUAGCAUUGCAAUGUAUAAAUCUAAUCAUGGAAUUAUAUCAAGAGCAAUAAAAUCAAUUAAAAAAACUA